AUGGCAACUUCACUUCUAGGGGAGGAGCCGAGAUUAGGAUCGACUCCUUUAGCCAUGUUAGCUGCAACAUGUAAUAAAAUAGGGAGUCCGAGCCCUUCACCGUCAACUAUUUCGGAUAAUUCCUCCUCAUUUGGGAAAGGCUUCCAUCCGUGGAAAAGAGCCGCUGCGAGCAGCUGCAGCCUCGGAUCCGGCCUGUCCGGCUUCGGGGUGUCCCGCAAUGGAUCCGGCAUCUCGGACUCUUUCGGCACCAACACCUCCACCGGAUCCAGUGCUUUUUCCCUCACGUCUGGUGCCUCAUCCGGUUCACACUUUGGAAACGAUUAUUCUGUUUUCCAAGCGUCCGUUUCGGGCAGCUCUCAAGAAGCCAGCCACCAGCCGGUUUUCAUCUCCAAAGUGCACUCCGCAGUGGACAGUCUGCAGGGCAUAUAUCCGAGGAUGAGCGUUGCACAUCCCUACGAGUCCUGGUUCAAAUCUUCUCAUCCCGGUAUCCCCACAGGAGAGGUUGGAACAGCCGGAGCCUCUGCGUGGUGGGAUGUGGGAGCGGGGUGGAUUGACGUUCAGAACCCUAAUGGAGCAGCACUACAAACGUCCUUGCAUUCCGGUGGACUCCAGAGCUCCUUGCACUCUCCUCUGGGCGGAUAUAAUUCUGAUUACUCGACUUUAAGUCACUCUGCUUUCAGUACAAGUCCCUCUCAACACCUGUUGACAACCAGCCAACACCUGAUGGACGGUUUCAAGCCGGUGUUAUCCUCUUAUCCGGACACAAGCCCCUCUCCAUUAGGCGGGGCUGGGGGCACUAUGCUCUCCGGGGGUCCACCUGCGUCUUUAGCGGGGUCUCCGAGGUCAUCUGCCCGGCGGUACUCAGGCAGAGCCACCUGCGACUGCCCAAACUGCCAGGAGGCGGAGAGACUGGGACCGGCUGGCGCCAGCCUCCGGAGAAAAGGUCUCCACAGCUGUCACAUCCCCGGCUGUGGGAAGGUUUACGGGAAGACGUCACACCUCAAGGCGCAUUUGCGGUGGCACACCGGCGAGAGGCCGUUUGUGUGCAACUGGCUCUUUUGCGGUAAGAGGUUCACGCGCUCCGACGAGCUCCAGCGACAUUUACGCACACACACCGGGGAGAAGAGAUUCGCCUGUCCGGUGUGCAACAAGAGAUUUAUGCGUAGCGAUCACCUGAGUAAACAUGUAAAAACUCACAGCGCCGGAGGAUCUGCGGGAUCUGGCUCCGGGGGCAGUGGAGGGAAGAGGGGUAGCGAUACCGACAGCGAGCACAGCGCGCCGGGGAGCCCUCCGUGCCAUUCCCCUGACCUGUUGCACCAACCGGAGUCAACCCAGGGAGGAGGCAUGAACGGCCUCUAAGACUCCGCUCAGUGAAGUAAAAACUGUACAACAACCAAGUGUUGUGAUGGAAUUGUCCUAAAGGACACGGAAGUGGACAU